AGUGCACCGUUCAGAACCAAAACAGCAGCAGCAGCAGCUGCAUUAUGCUCGUAGCAACGAUGUAAAUAACUCAAGCUGCUAUGACAUCAAAAUGGUGUUACAUCUUUGUCUUCAACAAAGUAAUAAAAGAAAAAAAAACACUAAGAGAUGUUUAAUAGAAGUGAUUUAAAACAGAAACUGCUGUUGCAUAUAUGAAGUGGAAAAGAAAAACAAUUGUUUAUAUUUUACCAAGAAAUAGCCAUAGCUACAGGUUGGAUUUGCCGUCCCCUUCCUUCAGAAAAAAAAGUUAUUUUAUAUUGAACAAAAUAGUCUCACGUUCUCCCAACUUGUGAUGAAGUCGAAUGAAAAUAAUAAUUCUCAGAUGAAUCCCGGUUGUUGUUGCUACGACGGCGUUAGCCGUUGGCGACAGCUUCUUUGGUACACCUUGCACGGUUACAUAUUCUGGUGCCUAUUUCUAGCACUGGCACCAAUGAUUUGGUUUUAUCCUCUCAACGAACUCAGUAUCACUGGUUAUGAAGCACUGUCAUUAUUGACUUUAACACCAAUCAUCACAGAAUCAGCUUUUAUAUUGAAACUCCUCCAAAAACCACACAUGAUCAUUAUCCUCCGUCUAUUAUCUGUCGUAUCAUUAGCAUCUUUUCAAGCUCCUGAUACUCUUCUCCGUCUUCUGUUCCUCUCUUUGGGGACAUCAUGUGCCUUACUUGUAUUUGCAAUCACAUUAUGGAAUCCAAACUAUAAAAUAAGAUUUUUAACGCUUUGGGGCCUUCUUCUUGGGUUCUUGCUAUUUCUUGUCAGCCGAAUCUGGUUUCUUAGCUUUGUACCUGCAUGGUGGACCCAAACAACUAAUACCAUUAUCAUUUCAAUUGCACUUGGGGUGAAUAUUGAUCACAUCAUUUCAGAUUUAACUGUUGAAAUAAAUUCUGCAAAAGCAUCUUUAAACACAAACAGUAACUAUAAAUUAGAUGAACAGAAUAACUUGCCACAUGACGGUGAAACAAAUAACAGCAUACGAAAUGUUUCAACUGAAAAUAAUACACUAACUGAUGUGCCUAAUAAAACAACGAAAAUUCAAAGUUGCGAAGAAGAAACACAGGAAAAUUCUGAAGUUUCUACUCCAGUUACUAAUGGUCUCACUUCUAAUUCAAAUAAUGUCCACAUUAGUCAAGCUUCCUUCUCAUCAUCAUUUCUACUCAUUGGCAUUGGUUUUGGUAGUCUUAUAUUCUUAACAGGUUGGACAUUUGGUGAAGUGUCUUUGAUAUGUCGGUGGGUUGUUGAGGGUUAUCCACUUCAUGGUCCUUUACCACAAUUUUGGGGGUGUCCAGUUCUUUUGUUACUUGGAGUUGGUGUCUGCUUGUCCAGGCAGCAUUUUACGAAACACUUUGCCUGGUGGCUUUUGGGUGUAUUGAGUCUUUUUCUACUUUAUUAUUUAAAGACAUGGGUAGCCUAUGCAAGUGGCUUAUUUUUAGCUGUUUUUACACUUUCUAUUUGGCCACAUAUGGUCAGUCGAGCAAUUCAGUGUCCACCAGGAAGAACUAUAUUUGUGUGUAUGUUAACUUGGAUAAUUGAAUCUCUUUUCUUUGUGUGGACUGUUGCCUACAACUUUGUACCCGGUGGUGUGUAUACACGUGAGCACACAGACUACCUCAUUUCAUUCAUUGCUGUAACUCUACUCUCAGGAUAUUUUACAGGUGCUGGUGCUAAAUACCCUUCUGAUGCCUUUAUUCACAUGGAUUCAAAAAUGUGGAAUGAAAUUAAAAAAGCAAUACUGCUUCUUCUUUGUAUCGGUUUGCUUGGAUUUGGCACCAGGUCCAAUCACUUCGAGCAACCUAAACCAUCAAAAAUAUUCACGGCUGCUAUAUGGACAUUCCAUUUUGGCUAUGACAAUUAUGGUUGGCCAAGUAUGGAACGUGCAGAAAAAGUUCUUAGAGAAACUCAUGCUGAUUUUAUUACCUUAUUAGAAAGUGAUGCCUCAAAACCAUUUCUGGGAAAUAAUGAUUUAGGCAUGUGGUUUGGCCAGAAACUUGGAAUGUAUGUUGAUUUUGGUCCAGCUACCAAGAAGCACACUUGGGGAAAUUUAAUUCUUUCCAAGUACCCUAUUGUAAAAUCUGUUCAUCAUCUCCUUCCAUCUCCUCAAGGUGAACUGGCACCUGCUGUUAGUGCCACAGUGAACAUUAGUGGCACCCUGGUUGACUUUGUUGUCACUCACAUGGGUAAUCACCGAGACAAUGAAGACAGAAAACAGCAAGCUAUAUAUCUUUCUAGCAUUCUUAAAUCAAGUCCAAAUCCUGCUGUAUUUCUUGGAUAUGUAACAUCAUACCCAUAUGGCCGAGAUUAUACCCAGUUUAUUGAAGAAGGUCAAAUGAAUGACAUUGACCCAACAGAUCAUGAUCGUUGGUGUCAAUAUAUAAUGUAUAAAAAGCUAAUUCGCCUUGCCUAUGCCCGGAUAUCAAGAGGAGAACUGAGUGACACAGAAAUUCAAAUGGCUAAAUUUAAAAUCCCCAAAAAUCCUUCUUCUUACAAAGAUAACUAUAAAGUCCUUCACAGACAUGAAGAUGUGCCUGAGUAUCAACGUUUCUCAAGAAAAUUUGGUCAUUAUUACCCAACUGCAGCUCCAUCUAGUCAAGGUGAACAGCUGUACCAAAUGGCAACCCCAAAAUAUUUUGUUUGAAAAGUUUUUUUAAAUCUCCAUUGUAUGGAAAUGGGAGUAUAUUUUUGUGCUUGGGUUAUAUUUUUUAUUAUAAAAUGGAUUAGUGGUCUUUAUUUUUUCAUAAAUUUUAUAUUUUAUUUUCCUUUUUAUUUGACAAACAUUCAAGCUCUAUUAACAUUUUGCAUUUUUUGUUGUGGAGGAACUUUUGAUAUAUUCUUUUAAUAUUCACUGGUGAAGCUCAGUUCCUACUGCUAUCAUUUAUGUUAUUUUAUUAUUAUAACUGAUAACAAAAAAUACAUCCCAAUGGUUUACUCCAAAAGCAUAAUAUGAUGAAAAUAAGAUGUAUCUAUAAUGUGAUGUGUUACUUCAACAGAAUAUUUAUUACAUGUAAUUGUUUGAGUGGUGUUCUGAUUAAGCUUUUGUGUUACAGAAAAGAGGGCAAAUUUAUACGUUUACAGCUCCUAAAGUGAUAAAUGUGAGUGUAGCUUUUUUUAUAUCUAUUGGAAUUUAUUUCCACCAAAAAGAAAGACAAAGCUUGCCAAAAGUUAUUUUUUCUUAUAAAGUUAAAAUGUACAUUAAUUGUUUUUGCUGGAUAGCCCUGAUUAGAUUUGUUUCAAAGUAUCUAUAGCAAAGACAUGCUACAGGUUUGCUUGAUUGAUGCAUAGGAGUAACUGACAAUUGUAGUACCUCUUGUUAUGCUAGAUAGGUCUGGCAUGUGAAAUUCAGCAUGUGAUCACUACAUUAGCUAUGAUCAUUUUAGCUUUAUCUAUGUCAUACUAUUUUAAAAGUUAUAACUUAAAGCUUGUGAUCCUCAUUUUAAAGACCUCAGUGUCCUUGUUGAGGGAGAUUUAGCUGAUAUAUUGAGCAAGUUAAACAACUACAUAAAAGCUCCUAUUACUGGCUUGAAUAUUUUAAGUUAAACUUAAAAAUGAAUUCAUCACAGGAGGACCAAACUACAACUAGUUGCAUAUAUUGAGCAGAAAUUCUCAAAACCGUAAUCUCAAGACUGUAAAUCCUAGAAAAGUUGUCUUUCAUGAUGCACUCUUGCUUCCUUUUGAAUGUUUGGUUGGAUGAAAGCGUAUUACUAUGGAAAUGUAAAUAUAUAUAUAUAUUAUUAUGGAUCUGAUUUAUAAAGAAAUGGAAGUUGUCAAAGUUGCACAUUCAACUACAGAACUGAUAUAUUCUUGCCAGGUGAACUCUUUUGGAGUAAUGCUCUCAAAAGAUUUUAAAUGAAAAACUAAUCUAUUUAAUGUCUUAAAUCAAAAUAUAUUUUUAUAUAUUCAUUAUAUAUAUAUCAGGUUGGUAUUAAAGCAAGUCUUUUAACUUUUUGAAUGAAAAGGCUUGAUUGGGUUUUAUUUACUCUAGAUAUUCUGAAAACUACACCUUUAUCCUGUUUGUAUCGGGUGUAAUAUAUAUGAUGAGAGUAGAUUUUGAUUAUAAAAUUCUUUUUAAAUCUCCUAAAUUUUGUGAAAAUCAAUUUUUAAAUAUAUUUUGGACAAAUUACAAGAAAUAUUUUCAGUUUUAUAACACUAAAAUGAAAAACAAACAAACAAUAUAACUUAGAUGUCACACCGGUAAGGAAUAUUCAGUCUUUUAACUGAGAGUUGAAACUGAUUAAGUCAGUACUGGCCCUUUUGUCUGAAGGGUCAGUUAUUUGUAUUCUAUCAUCUCCACUAUACAGUGUCUUUGGCCCAGUCUACCUUGCCAUAAAAUAAGUGCCAUGAGAAGGUAUAGUUCACUUUUAUAUGCAGUAGGGCUUUGGAUGAUUUGCUUUGUUAAGUUAUAGUACUAAGCUCUGAUCUUCCUCUGAAUAGGUAAAAGCAGCCAACGGAUAACUACUUCAGAGUAUCCUCUUUUAAAUAACUGCAUGAAGAGGGAGUUGACAAUGGUAUUUAUAUUAUUUGUAUUUCUUGAAUUCUUUUUAAAGGGGCAUAAUUUCACUGUGUGAUAUUACAUGACUUGGUUUACCAGCUAAUUAGUUGAAUAAAAGGGAAACUAAAUCAUUAAAAUUAAACUGUUUAAUUUUACUGAAAUUAGUUUAUUUAUUGUUACUUUUCUUUGUUGGAUGCAUUUUUACACAGUUUUUUUUUCUUUUGUUCUUCUUGAGACCUGAUUUUAUUCAACAGGUUGUAAAUAAAUAUGAGAAGAGAUUUGAUAAUUAUAUUUCAGUUUUAUAUUCAUAUAUUUUUGUGAGAGUAAAUCAUCAUUUUCCCUGAUAUUAUUUAUGGCAGAUAAGUACAAGAAUGCCUGGAAUCUUUUGAUUCUCCAUUCAACCAAUGGAUUAUGGAAUGUCUCUUAUAGCAUUUCGUUAACUGCUUUACUUUACAAUGCCACCAGAGGAUAUUAAACAUUUUAUUAAUUGCUUUUCUGUUCACAAGGUCAGAAAAUAUUUAACAUUUUGUCAUUUGCUUAAUAACAAUUGGAACUAGUGAAAAGCUUCCAAUAUAUUUAUUUGUGGUAUCAAACAAAUCUAACCUUUUAUAUGCUUGGAAUUCUUGGUAAUUUUUUAAAAAACAUAUGUGAAUUUGCAAAAGGAAUUCUGUUAACUAAAUAGUCCUAUAAAAAUAAAAUAUAUAUUGUUAUCUAUUUUGUGUUGCAAUAAACCUUUUUCAGCUAA